AUGGAGAUAAACCAAACAAUUUUCAAGCAAGUGAGAGUGAUAGAGUCAACACAGAAAUCCACUAUCUAUGAAGUUUGUCUCCAUAUACCACCCAAAAUAGUGUCCGACGGCAUCUGGGCCAAUGAAAAAUCCGGCAACUUUCCUUUGCAGUCAAGUUUGACAUUGUUAGAGAUGCAAAUUUGCGUCAUUUUCACCCUCAUGCAUUGCUUUCAUUUUGUUCUCAAGCGAUUCGGGUUCCCCUAUUUCGUUUCGCAGGUGUUGGUUGGCUUUGUUCUAGGCCCUUCAUUGAAUAUUGAUUGGUUGAACAAAUACAAAAUGAUGGUGUUUCCUUAUGGAACUGAAGAAGUAUUGGGGCUAAUUUCAUUGGUUGGCUACACAUUCUACAUGUUUCUGAAUUCUGUGCAAAUGGAUUUUAGCAUGAUAACAAGAAGUGGUAUGAAACCUUGGGCAAUGGCGGUUGCUGCAGUAGUUGGACCUCUAGUCAUCUGUUUGAGCAUAUCUUUUGGAACAAGAACUGUCUGGCAAGAAGUCGCCGGACCCGGGGAAACAUUGAAUUUGGUGGUGAUUACCCAAGCUGGUUGUUCCUUUGUUGUCAUAGCUUCCUGCCUCUCUGAACUAGACAUCUUGAACUCUGAACUCGGACGCAUUGCGUUGACAACAGCGCUUUCCAGCGAUUUCCUUACUGCCAUAAUGAAUUCAUUAAGCAUUAUCUUUACCAAGAGCCAAGCUGAAAAAUAUGAUGCAAAAAAAAUGGCUAGUGGUUUGGCAGUGUAUUUUGCUAUUGUAGUCCUAGUUCCUCUCAUCGGCCGCCCUACAAUGAAGUGGGUGGCCAAGAACACCCCGGAAGGAAGGCCGGUGAGGAAGAUAUACACCUUUGCCAUGGUCCUCUCGGCUCUUAUCAUAGGGUGUUUUGCACUAGAAGCCAACCUACCCAUCAUAUUUGGAAUUGUGAUGUUAGGAUUCGUCGUGCCGGAAGGUCCUCCAUUAGGAUCUGAGCUAGUCAAGCAAUUCGAGUUGAUCAAUGUAUGGUUCUUUCUGCCACUCUUCGUGACCGCUGCCGCCAUGAAGGUAGAUCUUAACAAAAUAGGGGAUGACCCUGCUAUGGCAGUGGCUACAACAGCAGUCAUAUUGAUGGUCCAUUUGAUCAAGAUGUUAUUGUGCACAAUAAUUUGCAUCUUUUGCAAGAUACCAACAAGGGAUACUAUCUGCCUUGGUCUAAUCUUAUGCUGCAAAGGUGUUGUGGAUUUUAGUGUCUACCUGUUUCUGUAUGAAUCAGGGACAUUGAAUAGUUCAACAGUUGCUACACUGUUUGUAUCUGCAUUGAUACUUGGAAGCACUGCAUAUAUUGGUAUCAAGUCCUUAUAUGACCCUUCAAGGAAAUAUGCAGGGUACCAAAAAAGAGACAUUUUGCAUUUGAAACCAAAUUCAGAUCUUAGGAUUGUUGCAUGCAUCCAAAAACCAUAUCAUGUGAAUAUGAUCAAGAAUAUGUUGUAUCUUUGUUGUCCAACAACAACUAGCCCUCUUCAGGUGGAAAUACUGCACCUCAUAGAGCUAGUUGGGAGUGCCACCCCCAUCUUUAUCUCACACCAGCUCCAAGAGUCGGUCAGCAGAAGUCACAACUACUCCGGCGAUAUCAUGCUCGCCUUUGACCUCUUCAAGCAUGAGAACGCCACAGUAGAAGUGAACACCUACACUGCCGUAUCGCCACAGCGCCUCAUGUACGAAGAUAUCUGCCAUCUUGCCCUGGACAAGGUUGCAUCCCUCAUCCUCCUUCCGUUUCAUAUCAGAUGGGCCGACGACGGUUCUAUCGAUUCAACCGAAGAGAGCAUACGGACCCUGAACAACAAGGUACUUGAAAAAGCACCAUGCUCGGUUGCCGUUCUUGUGAAUAAAGGGCCUUGUGACAUUGCAUCAAAGCACAUAGCCAUGAUCUUCUUGGGGGGUUCAGAUGAUAGAGAAGCAUUGUGCCUUGCUAAAAGGGCAAUCACAGAACUUCAUUAUAAAUUGGUUGUGUACCAUUUGGUUGGAACACAGAAUGAGUCCAGCAAUUGGGACAUUAUGCUUGAUGAAGAGGUGCUACAGAGUGUGAAGGGGUGUUAUGGAACUGUUGACAAUGUUGCAUAUGAAAGAAUAUUAAUUGAGGAUCCUUCACAAACCCAAAGAUUCAUUCAGACUAUAGCUGUUGAGCAUGAUUACUUCAUAGUUGGGAGACGCCAUGGUGUCAAAUCAUCUCUUACAGCAGCACUUGAAAAAUGGACUGAGUUCUCAGAGUUAGGUGCAAUUGGGGAUUUGCUUGCAUCACCAGAUACCAAUUCUAAAGCUACAAUUUUAGUUGUGCAGCAACAGAAAAUGCCACAGCCUAUCUCAUAG